AUGGAAAAAUUAACAUAUUUGAAUGAAUAUACAAAAAUUUUUGAAUUUGUUAAAAAUGGUGCAUUUUUUGAAGAUCAACAUACAGAAAAAAGUGAUAAGUUAUGUUCAAAUAAAGAAAAAAAUUUUUCACAUGCAAAAAGGAAAAGUAAAUACAUUUCAAUGUCUAAAGUUAAAGAAAAAAAUAAUUCCAAAAAAUUAAAUUUUCAUAAAGAUAACAAAAACAAAUAUCAAGUAAGUAGAAUAAAAUAUAUAGAUGAACAACUUAAUUUAAGUGCUACAACUUCAUCUAACAUAACAGCAAAGAGUAAAAAUAAAUUGGAUAAUUUAAAAAAUGAAAUGAAAUGUUAUAAAAAUAUUACUAGUAACAAUAUGACGCAAUACAAUGACAAAGUAUGCAUAUGCAAAAAAUGUUAUAUAAAAGGAAUACAACAGAAAAUUGAGAAAAUAAAAGAAAAAAAGAAAAGAACUACAGUUUAUACGCUUGAAUUUAAUAAUUUUAUUAUAAAUGAAAAUAUAUAUAAAGAAAUCAUUUCAAAAAGACAAAAAGUUAUCGAAACUAAUUUUAUAAAUGAGAACAAAGACAUUGAUGAAUACAGCAUGGAAUGUAAUGAAGUAAUCGUUGAAAAAAUGACAGAACAAAUCCCACUUAAAAAAAAUAUAUUCCAUUUUUUUAAUUAUAUUUUUAAAAUAAAUUAA